UUUGUGUAUUCGCGUCCUAUGUCCUAAUUUCGCAAUUAGAAUAAGGAAACCCACAUAUUAAUCAUACAUUUUAAUCAAUUAUAAAUCUUAAUAUAUAUUUAAAGUAAAAUUAGUAAUUUAUAAUGGAUAUAACACUUAGUAAAUCGUCAAAUGAAGGCAACUUGUGGUGCCGCGCCUGCCUCUCGGUUGAAGGGAGAAUGUACAAUAUUCAUGAGUACAAACUUGCUGAUGCUUUUGCUCACAUCAUCGGAAACCCUGUGCACAAGGAUAACCUGCCGCAACAUCUGUGUGCGUACUGCGGUACGCAGUUGCUCAAAUGUGAAUCUUUCAGAGACAUGUGUCUGAACACACAACGGUAUCUUGUUACCGAGCUACUCAACAAUGAGUUGGAUACAAACUGUGUUGCCAGAACACGCCCCUCUAACAGACCCUUCCACUUGACAACAACUGAUGUCACCACCACAGAGUUUGUAGACACUCCCUCAGCUGAGAGGUUAACCGGAACUGACAUAAAAGUUGAACCCAACAUAGACAUUGUAGACAUAGACUGCAUUAUCGACCACGCCGAUUUAAAAAUAGAAUCUAAAGAAAAUGAAGACAAAAAAAGUACCAAAAGAAAAAGAAAAUCUGGAACUGCAGCUAAGAAAAAAACAGAAGUUAUUGUAGAUAAUGAUGAUGAAGUCAGCGAAGAACAUAAGAUAGAAAAUAUAAAAGUUGAAAUUAAUGUUGAUGAUAAUUUUGAAUAUGAAGAAAGUGUAGAUGCUAAAAAAGAGUGGGACAUAGCUCUUGAUGAUAAUAUUGAUUUUGAAGAUGAUUUUAGUGAUGAAAAACUAGAGUUACCGUUAAAAAAGAGAAGGAAAAGUAAGAAAAAGAUAGCAAUGAAAGUUGAUGAACUUAAAGAUAAUACAGAUAAGCCAAAAGUGAGAAGGAAAAGGAAGAGGAAAGAAGAGGUAACAAGGAAGUUCAGGAAGGCAGAAAAUGAUUUCAUGCCGGUUUUCGAUUUCGCCACAUUUGAGAGUUCGUAUGCUGUGAAAAUUGUUGUUUUGAGCAAGGAAGAGCAGCUGGAAGAGAUCGCCGCGCGUAAGAAGUCCCGGAAUUACCUGGAGUCCCAUUUCCGGUGCGAGGACUGCGGGAAAGGCUUCGAUGCUGAGGCCGCCUACAACAACCACAGAUUACGGCACAGUCCGAGCGAGGGUUCGCUCGCUUGCGAGAUCUGCUUCGUGCGAUUCAAGCGGCAAUGCGUGCGACAGAGACACCAAGAUGUUCACCGAUUGAAGUUCCUGUGCAACGAGUGCAACUAUGUGUCGAGAGACAGGUAAGACAG